UGCAAGCCAACGGUGGAAGCACAAGAAAGAGAGGAGAGCAAGCAGGACCGCCGCUGAAAUGGCCACCAAACUUGUGGAUCUGGUGUACUGGCGCCACAUGUGGAGGACUGGUGUGGUGUUUACAGGGCUGGUAAUCGGUCUGGCCAGCUUGUUCCAGCUUAGUGCCGUGACUGUGGUCUCCAACGUCUUUCUGGGUGUCAUGUGCAUCACCUUCCCCCUCCGUUUUUAUUAUAAGCUCCUGGAGCUCCUGCGCUGGAACCCCGGGGUUCACCCCUUUCAGUCAUGUCUGGAUUACGACAGCUCUCUGACAAAUAAGGAGACGGUGAUGCUGGUGGAGGAGACGGUGCUGCUGAUCGCAUUUGCUGUCACAGAAAUCAAACGGCUCAUUUUCAUUGAAAACAUAUUUGACUCUAUUAAGUUUGUUGUGCUUCUGUAUCUGCUGACCUAUGUUGGCAUCCAAACUAAUGGACUGACCCUGGUAAUAAGUGCUGUGAUCGCUGUUUUCUCCCUUCCUUUGCUGUACAAAAAGCAGCAGGUGCGGAUAAGAAGGAUUGCUAGAGCCGUCAGAGCUUUUCUAAAGAGAGUCAAAAGCCUGUUCUCCAGUGUGUACGAUUCGGUGAGGCCCCCUCCAGCCCCUGCACCAAAACCUGCAAUUUCAGCUGUGAAUGUGCCCAAACAGAAAGCCAAGUCAAAGUAACUGUGUUGGUCACGUAUUGAAAACACCCAGCAUUUGGGAUUUGGGGAAAGACUGGAAGGGCACAUCCUCUGGGGGGCGGCUGGAGGGGCUGCUCGUUUCCACUUCUCCACCAUGAUGUUUGUUUAUGGGAGCAAGAUAUAAUUGAUCCUGACAGCUUAAACAAAGCUGCCAUUCACUGAAGGAGGGAGAGGAUGAGGAGGUGUAUGAGGAGGGGAAUUUUAGUUACUGUGAUGCUCUCUGUGGGCAGCGUCUAAUAGAACCAGUUCACACAGUCAUACUCUUCGAGUGGGCUAUGGAUGGCACAGAACAUCACAGCUUUUUUUUUUCUUUAAUAACAAGUGUAUUUUUACAUAACUAGUCCGCUGUGUUCCUGUCAAACUGUGGAAGUAUUUAUAAUGAAGCCCUGCAGCAUUAUUGCUGCCUUUAUUAUGAAGCAUCAUUCAUUGUUAGCUUCAUAGAAUAAAAAGACAUGAACAUCGCCUGCUAUUAAUCAGCAUUAAUAGUGCUGCACUUGCUAAGUCGAGGAAAAAGCUUGGUAAGCAGCCAGCCCCACAACCUUUAAAAGACUUACAUGAGAAAUAAUGAGAGUGUUCUCCUUUAAUCUUAGUGCUAAUCACUUUUAAUUAGAAACAAACAGUGACCUCAUAUUUGUGGGGAAAGCAGUUUGCUAAUAAAAAAAGUACAACUCUUAACAAGUGGGAGGAAUAUUGACUCUUGUAGUAAAUGCAGUUCAUUUUGAUUGAUCAAAACACAAAAAGGCACUUUCUAGAUAACAUCUUAGACUGUAUACAAAAGAUAGACAUAGCAACCAUGAAAUCACCCAAUGUUUUUAAAAAAAAAUUGCCAUGUUUUUUAAACCACACGACAUGAGUGUGGGGCGGUUUUCGUUGUGUAACUGGGUGACACCACACGCUCCCUGGCUAAUGACUUGUCAAUCAAAUGGUAAAGCAUUCCUUGCUUUAUUGUCCUUCUGUCCUUCUGUGAUUCGCUGUGCAUAUAAAUAUGAGUACAGCGCUGUGUAGAGUAAUUUAGUAUUAUGGCUGUAUUCACUAAUCUUCCAUUGUUUUGAGUUACGACUUGCUAAGCCAUCACUAACUAGCUAAUCAAUUAUCACAUGUCCAUAACUGCAGGAACCAGAUGCUUAAACUGCUUUCAGGGAACAUUUGAGGAAGCCAUUAAAUCAGUUAUAGUCAAAUUUGGUGCAGUUUCAGGAAUUUCAUGGAAUUAUCAGCACUGAUGGCAAAAUAGUGGACUUUAAUUUCAUUCUUUCCCCCCAAAAUAAUGAAUAUAUCCCCACAGCAUUACAGUUUGUGAAGUAUAAAACAUGCUUUUUACACUUUUACCACUUAUCUAGAAGUAGUUGCUACCACAUGCUGUAAACAUAGAAAUUAGGUGACUUUGUACAAACAUGAGCACAGAAAACAACAUGACAUGUGGGCGAAUGGGAAAGAAGAGUUUGGGUGAACUCUUUUGUUAUUGUAGCAACCAGCUGCCAAGCCUGAGCCAGUAGUCAGCAGUGUCGUUUAAGCCUCUAACGCUCCGUGUUUUAGACCAUAAAAAAGAAGCUGCUGCUCAUACUAAUGUGUCUUAAUGAGCGUGUAAAACUCAUGUUGGAUAGUUAUGCUUUUAUUUACCAACAAUAUUCUGUCGAUUUAUUUUCAAAAGUCUUAUUUUUAGAAAGAGUAUUUUUUCUAAUCUUCAACCAUAUUUACCCACCUCUGCAGUAUACAGAGAACAGUAAAACGUGGAUAUUCUAAACAAAAACUGUUGAUUGCAUAAAUGAUGCAUUAGUGCAAUAUCAGAAUUAGUGUAGUAUCAGUGGUACUGCGCACUUUGCGUGUGAAAUUAGCAGACUUUUUUCUCUUAGUCACUGUAAUAACAAUCAUCAGUAUAAACACAUGGUCUUAAAUAACAGCUGCCUAAAGUCAGGCAUCAUCUGCUAGCCCAUGUUUUAGGUCUACUCUGUAUUUGUAAUGGAUUUUUUUUUAUUGUGAUGUUCUAUUGUAAUUUUGCUCCCAAAUAAAAUCUUGUUUACUACAAAUAAAGACGAGUUUCCUCUGUGCCUUCACAAACAGUACCAUGCAAAACUCUUGAGCUCAACCCCUCGUUUAUUUGUUUAAGUACGUAUACAUGAAAAUACAGUAUAUAAGGCAAAAACAGUUUGUACAAUUCCAUUGAACGUGAAAGUCAAUAUUUGGUAAAACCAACUUUAUUCAGUAUCGAUCAGUCCAAGAGACCUGUUGCAGCUGAUUUUUAGUCCAUAUGUCAGCAUUUUCUCCUUGUUUCCCUUCCUUAAGAAUGGCUUUUUGACAGCCUCCCCCCACACCCCACCCCACUGAGACCAUUUCUGAUGAGACUUCAGUGAACAGCAGAUGGAUCAGCUGAAGCAGAGAAAAACUUCUGAAAUCAGAUCCAUUGUUAAAUAUCACUUUUAAAUGAAAAGAAAGUCUGGCUCCUAGGAAGCAAAACAUAAAGAAAGGAGGGGUGACUCUUCACUUUUGCACAGUAGUGUUUAAUUAAUCAAUUUUCCUCCACUGCCUAAGCUAACUUCUUUCAUAGUGUAUAUUUCAGCUGGUGUUAUAAAGAAUGUAACAACACUCAGUGAGACAUGACGGCGGGAGCAAUCACAGCACCAGGAUUCUGAUAGAGAAACAUCUAAAUGGAAUUAAUGCAUCAUUUAUUCCAUCGCUUGUAGUUUUGUGCUGUGAAAACGACGUCUGUGCCAAAGGGUUAGCAGUUUUCCACUGUGUAAACAGGCUCGACGGUAAGACUGCAGCCACCCAAGUUUUAAUUCUCUCUGACAAGGAGCAGCCAAGGGUCGCAUUAUGUAUUCAGUGAUGCACACGCUCUAUCAGGGGUUGCGCUGACCCAUUUGUCCACUAGGUGUUACCCUAGGAAAGUCUUCGCAGGAGCCCGUAACACGAGGACUGAUCUAAACAAAUCACUGAUUUCUUUCAAACAUCUCCACCCUCACUGUGGUGUCAUUACAACGUGAGCUCUGGCUUUCCACAGCACAAACACCACAUCACUGACUCACGGUAAUAAUAAGAGCUUUUCUCUUUGAUGUGGGCGUCACAGUAAUUGCAAUGUGACUGUGACCUUGAGAUGAUUUUUAUUUCCCUUAAAAAAAUAAAUAAAACCAAACUCUUUUCGUCACUACAAACUCUUUUUCAAAUCUUCAAGGACUUCUUCUCUUGUUUCCCCGUGUCGUGACUCAGAGCUUCCAUCUCUCAGAGUGUUUACUUUAAAAAGGUCACUGAACACCCUCAUCUGGAGCGUUCUGUCUUCACACAGCAAUUCAGUAGACUCUUUCUUCUAUUCCUAUAGCUUUUCAAGUGGUUUUGAUAUGUUUCCAACUGAGAACACACUUGGCAACAAUAUGCACUUUUAAUACAUACGCCAGUCAAAAAAAUAGCUCAAAACCAUCUAGUCACAGUGGAGGAAUGUGAGCACUACAGCAUACACGUAUCAGCAGGGAAUCCCCUCCCCCCUGCCAAAUGUUAUAAUGGCACUUUAAAAAUAUUCUUUCUCUGGCUCCUCACAAUAAUAAUCAGACACUGUAUAUCCUACAGGAUUAUGAACUAUGUAAUCUAUUUUAGUUUAACAAAAACAAUGCAAGCAUCUUUCUUCAGUGCACAUGAAACCAAAAAACAGUAAUCUGUACUGUUGCAUAUCGUCGUUUCCCUGAUUUGUGGUAGGUUAAGUCUCCACAGGAUUACAAAUCUACAUGUUUUGUUCCUAAAAAAAGAACAGCAUCAUAACAUUACAACCGCACAUCACAGGGCUGCGAUAGAAGUACUUUAAUCCCUUUAUGUCUGUGUUGCCAGCUAGAAUAUUUAGUCUCACUGGACCUCACAGUUUGGUCUGGUGAUGUGACUGAGAAUAUGGAUUUAUGCUCUCCAACAAAGAAAAAAAAGAAAACUUUAUUUUUGCAGGCUAACUCUGACAUUAAUCUAGUCUCUAACCACUUUUACUCAUGUAUUGGCAUAUAAACUGAUGCAGUUAGUUCUUCUAAAGCACUUCGGUACCCUAAGUAAUACACACUGAGAACUUAUAACAAAAGGUAAUUAAAUGAAUAGUUGGACCUUUUGUGAAAUGCCCUUUUCCCCCUAGUAUCUCUAAUUUUGUGCUAAGCUAAGCUAACAGAUUGCUGGCUAUAGCUACAUAUUUACUGUAUAGACAAGAGUGUGUCACCAUAGACUGUAUAUGAAAGAUGGAUGUAGCUUUUGCGUUGGAGGAGUGUCUUUAGGAGUGCCUUAUUUUUGUUUCUAAGAAAAAUGAGAGCCACAUAUGAGGAUAUUCCUUUAAAAUUUCGAUCGAACAGUAG